AUGGAAGAUCUAGAUAUGAAGAUUCCAGCUAUAUGUCGAAAAGCAUCAGCGGAAGCAUUCUACAUUUGGGCAAAGAUGAUAGCUGUGAAAGAAGCUCUGCCCAAAGCCACGGAUUCUUGCCUCCGUCCUAGUCCGAAACUAUCUGAGUCAAUCGCCGAUACAAUGCUCGCCAUUGAAAGGUUUGAGAAGAGUUUCAGACAUUUUCUUAACAAAUGCAGAGAGACAUUUCAUGAUUUCUCCAUUCCAUCGAGAAUUGCUUCAGUAUCUCUCAUGGCGUUCUGGAACCUCGGAGUCCUCACGUUUGCUGAAAUAUUACAGCCGCUUGAGAAUACCGCGAUCCCAGACCUUCUCCCAACUAUGCAAAGCUAUCGACAAGUUGCGACAUAUUCCAUGGCAGAGUUCAUCGAAUGCGUCUUACAGCUACCAGUCGAAGAAGCUUUCAACCUGCAAAAUGGAUUGGGUGCCGAUGUUCCCCUCAUCGCAUACCACGUCACACCGAGCUUGAUGGUUACUGCGUUGGAGAAGACCGUAGAGCAUAUUAUUGAUAUGCAAACUUCUCAUAAUGAAAAGGAGAUGCCAUUUGAAAUUUUAUGGGACUUUCGUGAUGAGACAUGGACGCGGCACAUUGACUGCCUAAUGAAAGGACUUCUUUCUCUGGAUGUAACCGUCGGUGGAUCUCAGACCGCCGGUGUCGCUUUUCAAUCGCUCAUGCGAAAGCACGGUGAUAUUAUCUCGGAAUGUUGGACCUCGGACUUUGAGACAUAG